ACAGUUCUCGACCGAGAACCCGAACCCGUCCGUCAAGUGAAGUGAUUUUGUAGUUUCUCGAAAGCAGCAACGAUGAAGUUUGUGGCUCUUACGCUGUGUCUCGCGGUGGUGAUUGUAGACCGUACGCUAGCACAGAACAACCAGUACCUUCCACCGGACAAGGGAUACGCUUACGAUAAGCCCAACCAGCCGUUCCCGUCAUCGCCCCAGCCGCAGAACGUUCCCCGACCACAGCCUACCCCCGGACGGCCGGCCCCUUCGUACGGACCACCAGCAGCCCAGGAUGAUCACCAUCACGAGCCGGGCAUGCCGUUCGACUUCCAGUACAACGUGAACGACAUCGAAACCCAGAACGAUUACUCGCACAAGGCGGUUAGCGAUGGAGACGUCACUCGGGGUGAAUACCGCGUGCAACUCCCCGAUGGCCGGACACAGAUUGUACGUUACACCGCCGACUGGAAGAACGGUUACAACGCGGAGGUGUCUUACGAAGGUGAAGCCAAGUACCCCGAAGGCCCGGGACAGGGUGGUGCCAACGCCGGUGGAUACAAGUAUUAAGGGAGCGUCCGGUUGCACACCUUUACCUGCGUCGUUGUACCCUCUGGACGUGUCCGUGUCCAUUCUCGCGUCUUAUAAGACUAAACGGUUCCCGUAUGGAGUUGCUUGAUCCGGAAAAUCCUCAGCACAACCUUUCGUAGUACCAUAUAAUCACCACGCCACGCGCAGUGUUUCAUUCAUAAGCAACUGUACUGUAUAUGCCAAGCUUAAGCUAAGUAAAGCGUCUCACUAUCAUGGUCUGGAUCAAGAGUAAAGCCAGUAGAGGUACACUACGCUACGCAUCUGCCCGCCAUUUCCAGCCACCCUUAGGUUCCAUGUUCAUUCACUCAGUACUUUUGGGCUCCGCCAGAUAGUCAUGCCCUACUACUAGAGGUUGAGAGUUUUCAGAGACAGUUUAACUAAAUUGACCCAUGCGGAUGCCAGGCCCUUCAACGUUCUGGUUCCGUCCCUGUCCGAGGACACCCAUUUACAUACCAUUCCGGAUCAGCCUUUGGAAGCAAAUGGAAUGAAGCGUUCUUUGGAAAAGUGUUUUUUUGUUUUAGUGAAAACAUACAAGUAAUGUGUGGCAUAAUUUGUAACUUCAGCGAUUCAGCGAUUCAACGUUUUUGAGUAAAGUCUUAAGAUUGUAUGAAUCGAAACACGUGAAAUAAAAUAUUAAAAACGAA